UUUCUUGAAGAAAUUGUUCAAAUGGGACAUCAAGUUGAAGUUGGCAAAAUAACUAGUGAUGCAAUUUAUUGCUUACUUGAAAAUGACAUUGCUCAUAAGGAUUUGUGUAUGCGUGGGCAUUUAUAUGAACAUGAUAUUGGAAAAUAUAAAAGUGAAAAGCAUGCAUGUGAAUGGUAUAUGAAAUCAGCAGAAGGUGGAGAUGCGUACGGACAUAUAAUGUGA